GGCAGACACCGCUGGGCUGCUCCUCCUGACGGGCUGGCUGGGGCUGGCUGGCUGCUUGGGGCUGCUGGCUGCUGGGCGGCACACGGACGACGGCGGCUGCAGCGGCGAGGGAGGUGGGGAGACACGACACAGCUCUCCUUCCUGGGGAAGAGACGAGACAUCAUCUCCCACCAGACCUCCACAUUAAAACAACGACGAGCGAAGAAGACGAAAUACCCGCCCUGCCACCAUUUUCGUGCCAUCCCUAACUUCCCCCCCUCGGAGGAACCACUUGACCAUUAAGCGAUGCGUUAAAUCAAACACCAUUUCUUCUCCUUUCAAGUGUUGCUACUGACUUGCUGUCAAGUUUGGGAAUAAAACAUGCGAAAUGGUGUGGGAGGAGAGCAGCUCUCCAGACGCCUCUUGAGACUGGCCAGCUGCCCCCAGUGAGGAAGGCACAAUUUGACGAGGAGCGAUCGGCUCUGACCAGCUUGCUGGACUUUUUUUUUUGGCUUUCCUUCUCAUCCCUUAAAGGUGUGGUCAUGCUUUCCGUGGAUGAGCCCCUGGACCUGAAGCUCCCCCGGCGGAAUAAUGGGCAGGACCGAGGGCUUCGCUCGCCCCCUCUAUCUCCUUUGUUUCUCAAACAAGCUCGUCAUCUCCGCAUGGCCGAUGACGGAACGGCGGUCAUGGAACCCGCCUCCCCGGCGUCCCCGUACACAGGUGUGCAUGACCGAACAGACACCCCCGCCUCGCCGGCAGUGGAUCUGAGCAUGUCACCCUCCUCCCUACGGCACACCCCAACCUCGCCAGAGAUGACCAAUGGCAACUAUGUUACUUCAGCGAGUUCUCAGCUCUCGCAAGCCUUUCAAUUCUUCAUUCCAAUCGGAGCCGGGACGGGACUUCACCUGCCGUCCUCCAUGUUCAUUGGCCAGAUGAGUGACAAAAGGGCCUCCCCGGACCUCUCUGCGGAUGAACAACUGGCUUGCCACUGGAAGAAGUGCCACCUGCUGUUUGACUCUCUUCAAGAUCUGGUGGACCAUGUCAAUGACUUCCACGUCAAGCCAGAGAAGGAUUCGGGGUACUGCUGCCACUGGGAGGGCUGCGCUCGCAAUGGGAGGGGCUUCAACGCAAGGUACAAGAUGCUCAUCCACAUCCGUACGCACACCAACGAGAAGCCUCACCGUUGUCCAACAUGCAACAAGAGUUUCUCCCGUCUCGAGAACCUCAAGAUACACAACCGCUCACACACAGGCGAGAAGCCCUACAUUUGUCCGUAUGAGGGCUGCAACAAGCGCUACUCCAACUCAAGUGACCGCUUCAAACACACGCGCACACACUACGUGGACAAGCCCUACUACUGCAAGAUGGCGGGAUGCCUGAAGCGCUACACAGACCCCAGUUCUCUACGCAAGCACAUCAAGGCCCACGGUCACUUUGUGGCUCAGGAGCAGGGCUCGCCGGGCGGGGUGGGGUCCUUGCUGAAGGGGAGUCAAAGCGGAGGUUUUGCUGGCGCAUUGGGGAAGGAUUCAGAUAUGUCCUACAUGAGUGGGGCUCAUAUUAUUUUCCCGGGGGCGGCGGCUGCUGCUCUCCUGGGAGCCCACGCUCUUCAGGGCUUGGGUGGCUCUCUGCCAUUGUCCCCUCUCAGUCCUCGGCCCUUGGACCUCAGCACAUUGGGUUGCCCUAACUCUCCUCCAGGUGGACUGGGAGGCACGUCUGUCCUUACUUACAACGGCUCUCCACUAGGCCUUGCCAAGUCGCCCAUGCUCUCCCCAGCGUUCGCCUCCUCAACUCUGGGCAUGGUUCCUGUGCUGGGGGCGACUGCCGAGCGCAGAGUCCCCAGGAAGGCCCGAGGGGAGGAGGCUGAGAACGAGGUGACAGGGCGGGUGCUUAACCUUUCCACAGGAGGGUCUCAUGAUCCCUUGUCAUGGGUGGUCAUCCCCCCAGGCACUGUGGUGCUCAAGCCAGCUGUGGUCAACUGACACACACACACACACACACACACAUUCCAGAAGAGCUCAGGGGGUCAGGAUGGGAGGGUGAACGCCUUAGUGAGGGUACGGGCAGUGAAGGGGGAUCAGCUCACACAAUAGGUUCAAAGAGUUGACACUUAAGAUUACAUACGUACUUACACUACAUUGUAUGAUCAAUUUUAGAACGCAGGCCUCUUUUGUUGUUGGUGGCUCAAGCUCUGUUUGUAUCACACAAGUCUUAUUUUAUACGUUAUCCAUUCCUUUGUUGGGUCCGUGGACAGAGCCUAUAAACGUGGCAGUCAAGUAUUUAUAAAAAGUUUAUCGAAUGUGUGCCUCUCGCCAAGCAGUGAGAUGGGCAACCCUGCAGAGAAACACUAUGACGCACCAUCAGUGUUUAUUAUUUCAAACUGAUAACUUGCAGGCUUUUUAUAAGACAAGCUUGCCAGACCAAAGCAAGUGAUCUUAACAGUUUAGUUACACACAGCACUUAACUUGUUAUCGUCAUAAAAACCUCAAAACUGCUGCUAAACUCUUGCUACCCUUUGGGAGGAGCGAGUUCUUUUUUUUCCCUCCGACAAUCUGUCCCCGUUUCGGGGAGGCUGACCAACACAGACAAGAAUGUUAGCAGACCUGCAGCUUGUAGAGCUAUCUGAAGACAGACGGUGUUACGUCACCUGAUAGAGAUUAAUAAUCACUUCCUCUUUUGGAGGGCACUGCUGUGUAUGGCUCCACCAUGUGGCGGAAGUAGGCACAAAAACACCCCGUUGGAUUGAACUGGCACAGCAUUGACUCUUGGAUUGUCCAGCUGCUUGCCUGCGAUUGAAUCAACACCGCCAGUUUGCGUAUGAAAAGGGCCAGUGUGGUGAUAAACACUGCUGUCUUGUUUUCUUUUAAAGAGCCACCGGGCUGAAAAACCAGUUGCGGAAAACAGAUGGCCCUCCAGUAAAAGCUUCACUUUAGUUAAGAGUUUUAUCCUGUGUGCCAAAAAUACCCAGAAAAGGUAAAUUGUGUUUCGGGGAGUCCAGACACUUAGUGCCAACUACAGCUGGACUGACAAUGAAGCCACACUAUGUUAAACUGCCUCAUUUUAUUGUCCAUUAAGGGUCAAAUAAAGUCUUAAUGAAAUUUUUUCUAGCAGUCGUCAUGCACUUAAUGCUGAUCAUCAAAUCAGUUCUGUAACAAGUGUCAGUUUUAGUUGCGGGAGGUAGGAGAGGAUCAACACAAGGAACAUUCCCUCAAGAGACUUCUUCAGACAUCCUAUCCUCUCCCAUCUGCCCAGUUGGCAGUCUUCUCAUGGCCGACAUCCACUUUGUACAACUCAAAUCAGUCCUAUAUUUUUGUUUGUAUGUGUUUGGACGAGACAUUUUUUUUUAAAUCUGAUGUUGAAUUUUGCUUCUUGUGUUCUGUGAAAGCUGCUCUGACCUAAGCUCCUCUGCUGUCCAGGAUGACUCUUUAGACAAAAGGGGAUGAACUGGUCUUCUUGGGGUCUGGCUUGUAAAUGAAUUCAGUAUAUUGGAAUUAACAGAAAUUAGAAGAAACAUAAACAUUUGUCUAUAAAAGGGAACUUCAAGGCCAUUUUGCAAAACAUUAAACCCCCAAACUACUGUCCAUCUUCACUCUCCUCAGAGUAUAAACAGAAUUCCAGACUGAUGUCAUCCGAAACAGCUGAUGCUAAGUAGGAUAGAUGUUUCCAUGGCAACAGUCAAUCCCAUAGAUGCGGCAGCUCUCCUCUUCAGGUUGAAGCUGAGGACAGGCUGAGUCUGGCAGCAGAGAGCUGGCUAACGUGACACGAAUCCUCGUAGGGGUUCACAUUGCUUCAAUAUUAAAUAAGCUCUAUGUUCCAGGAAUGCAUUAAUAAUAAUAAUAACCCUUUGAGCUCUGUAAACUGCACUUUUGAUCCCGUCAUAUAUUGUGGGAGGCUCUUUCCUCAGUGUAGAGCUUUAAUCACUUAGCAUCAACCGUUAAAGCAACUUGAGGCUAAAAUGUAAACCAUAGAAAUGCGGUACUGUACACACUCCAGGGGAUUUGAAAGGUUCUCCCACAAUGCUGGUUGUGUUCACAAGAUUGGUCAGUGUCAUUUUCCAAAAAAAGGGGGUGCCAUUGACUGAAGUGCUACAGUGUUGCACAAAAUGAGUUCAUACAAGAUAAGACUAAGGCCAGUUGAGGCCUGUUCUGAGUUUUUUUUUUCUUUGCACAUGUUUGAGAUAUUCUGUCAGUAUUUUCAUUUUUCCAAGUGCCUUUUGUAGUUAAAAUAUAGACGUAAACAAUCUAUGGUAAAAUAUUUAAUGAGAUAUAUUUUUUUUCCCUGGUUUCAUGUUCUGUGGUGGAACAUGCAAGAAUUUUAGAGAUGCAUAAAAAAAAAAGUUUCCAACCGCUGCAAUACAGCCAUGUUCUCCUGUUUUAGAGGAUUUUUAUCACAGUAUUGGUAAUAAGGUCAAUGAAAAGGAAACUGUUUAAUAAAGAUGCAUUGGAUACA